AUAAAAUCGAUUUCUAGGUGAUAAAGUAUAGAUGUCAAAUAAUGUAAGGUUAUCUACGUUAUUUUAAUUAGGUAUAAAUAAUACUUAUAAGCAUUUAGUAAACAAUUAAAUUAUUUGAGCGUAGAUGAAUUUAGUGAUAGAAUAACAUAUAAGUGUAAUAAAUUGAGCUUAAUACGUAUUUAAAAAUGUCUAGUAUAUUACAUAAAGUAACAAACCCUUUUAAAAAAGCGACAUUCGGUAUGGGUUGUUUUUGGGCCAACGACGCUUUGUAUGGUGCCCAACAAGGAGUACUUAGAACUAGAGUAGGAUAUUCCGGAGGUACCACACCCUCUCCAACAUACAAAUCCAUCGGUGAUCACACUGAAGUUAUCGAAAUCGAUUACGACCCAAAUGUAAUUAAUUUCGAAAAACUUCUCAAAUUAUUUUGGGACAAUCAUGAAUAUGGUUUAACAACUAGGAUAAAAAAACAAUAUGCGUCAUUGAUUUUGUAUCACGACGAGGAACAGAAAAAUAUAGCAGAGGCGUCGAUGAAAAAGGAAUCUCAAAAUCGAAAUGAACAACUGAUAACUCAAAUUAUUCCUGCUGGACCGUUUUAUCCGGCUGAAGAUUAUCAUCAAAAAUACAGACUUCAAAAACAUUCUUUUUUGUGUAAGGAAAUAUCUAUUACCCCUGAACUUCUUCAAACGUCACAUGCAGCAGCGCGUUUGAAUGGGUACUUAGCAGGAAUCGGGAAGGAGAACGACCUCGAAAACGACAUAAUUAAAUUGGGAUUGUCAAAAGCAGCUGGCGAAUAUUUGAGAAAAGAAUUUAAAAGAAAUGCCGGCGGUACUUUAUACUGCUAAAAUAUUUCUAAAUUCGAUAUCCAACACAAAUAGAGAAAAACUAUUUUAUAAUUAUUUAAAAGCUAAUUAAAAGUUUAGACUUA